UGUAGAUUUAUAAAGAUGUCUGAUCCAUUUGAUUGUUAUGACAAAUUGGAUUUCAAUACCAGGAAACUUCCUCUAUACUCUCAUGUAAUUAGGCGCUUCCCUAAAGCAAAUGAACCUGAAACUGUGGUUAGGCUUUGUCGUUGCUGGCAAUCGCAUAAAUUUCCAUAUUGUGACGACACUCAUAGGUUACUAGUGGAGGCAGGUGAUGAUGUGGGCCCUUUCGUUGCACGUUUGCGUUCUGACAACACAGGAAAAAAGCGUUUUGUUAAGUUACGUCAAAUGGAACAUGUACCUCGAGCGUUGUCUUCGUCAGUGUUGCAACUAGUUGCUUCACCUGGUUCGGCGGUAUUGGUAUCUGUUGGGGCUAUCGUCAUUGGUUCAGCGUGGACGUUCAGUGGUCAUUUUUGACAAGUUAUAUGAUCAUAUUGAACACAAGGAUCUGUUGAUCUCUGCCGAAAGUAUACAAUACUGUCUCAAGUUGCUGAUAUGUUUCGUCAUUUAAUUUUCCCACGGCC